UGAGGAGUAUGGCCAAGGACCUCUCUGGAACUGUCAAGGAAAUGCUUGGUACAGCCCAGUCAGUCGGUUGCACUGUUGAUGGGAAACCCCCUCAUGACGUCAUUGACGGUGUCAAUAAUGGAGAAUAUGAUGUCGCUGAUGACUAGAGAUGAAGAUCUUAUUUUAUGGAAAGAAAAAGAAUAAAAACCCAAACAAGAUUAGUCUUUCUUUGUCUCUUAUAGGCCUAAGAAAGAAAUUUCCUGCAAAAACAAACACAAAAAUGUGGAACCCCGCCACCAGUAGUGAGGGUGUUAGACGCUGUCUGGACAUCCCUAUCAAGCCCAUGUCAAAUCAGGUUGCUCGACCUAUGCCACCACAGAAACCAUUAUGUCCAAAACCACCAUAUGCUUUGAUAGAUGGCAACUCAAAACCAUCCAGGCCAUAUUCAGCCCCACAAAGACGCAUUGUAGCCCCAUCAGAACAAUGGAGAUCACCAAACUACAGUGAGUCCCGUAUGCCAGUGCGAUCAAGAAGUUACUACGUGAACGAUGAAUACCCUAAAUCCCACCCAUAUGCAUCGCGUGAAAGAGAAAAUUUUGUGAAGAAGAACUUGGGUUACCCUGAGGUACAGAGAGGGAGAAGUGCUCAGAUCCCGUCAUAUGAUGCACUGGGGGAUGCUCAUCUCACAGAAUACUGGGAAAGACGCUUUGGUGCCAUACAGUCUGUUAGGAGAAGAAACCGGCCCCAAAGUGCCCCUGGGUAUGGCUCCAGGACGGGGAAGAAAGGGGAGGGCUCGGUAUUGUACAAGGUCUUCAUAACCACAGCGGACAAAAAGGGCGCCGGCACAGAUGCUAAGGUGUUUCUUUCCAUGAAAGGAACAAAGGACCGCAUCAAGAGACAACGCCUUACAAAGAAGGCCGGUUCAGUGAAAUACAGUAAAAGCGUCGCGUUCAAGUUUUCCAAAGGCUCUUCACACAUGUUCAAAAUCCAUGGCCCUGAACUUGGAGAUCUAAAGUCAAUAGUUUUGGAACAUGAUGGAAUCAAGAAAGAAGAUGGCUGGUACGUUCAAGAAGUCGAAAUUGUGAACACGAAACGGAAGAAAAGCUGGCUGUUUAUGUGUAACACCUGGCUUUCACUGUACCAUUCGGACGGCCACUCGAAACGUGAAUUCUUCCCGCACCUUGGCUCUCGUACUGGAAUUUUCACAUCAUCAGACGGACGAAAAGGUUAUGUAUCUAUUGAUGGGCGUUAUCGAAAAUUUGGUAAAACAGAUUACGAGAUUGUUGUGGUCACGGGGGACAAAAUGAAUGCGGGGACAGACUCAAAUAUUUACGUCACAAUAUUCGGAAAGACUGGUGCAACUAAAAAGACGCAUUUAAAAAAAAUGCACAAAAAUCGAAAACCCUUCCAGCAGGGUGAUAGUGACGUGUUUAAAAUUCAUGAUGCAUGUGUGGGACCAAUGACGAAAUUGAAAAUUGAGCACGAUAACACCGGAAUAUUUCCAGGAUGGUACCUAGAGAGGGUGGUUGUCACAGACCUGUUACAUCCGAAAUGGAAGUACUAUUUCCCAUGCGGUCAAUGGUUGGCCCGAGACGAAGGGGAUGGCGCUAUUGGUCGAACACUUCUUGGUAGCAGGGACCCUUUUGCUGUCAGACGAGCCAUCGGCAAUCGAAUAGACACAAAAUACAAGAUAACGGUCUACACAGGGGACAAACGAGGGGCUGGAACAGACGCCAACGUGUACAUCAUCCUGUUUGGAGAAAAUGGAGACUCGGGAGAGAAAUUCCUUGAUAACAAAGAGAACAACUUUGAAAGAAAAAAGCAAGACCAGUUUGUCAUUGAAACCCCAUGUCUCGGAAGGUUGGACAGGAUACGCAUCGGCCAUGAUAACGGAGGGUUCGGCCCUGGCUGGUUCCUGGAUAAGGUUAUCAUUGACGACUGUGACAAUUCCAUUACCUACACGUUUCCAUGCCAACGCUGGUUGUCGAAGGAUGAGGACGAUGGUCAGAUUUUCCGAGACCUUGUCGCCGGGGUCGGAGCGACUGACUCAUACACAGGCUACCCAUACAUUAUUACCGUUUCGACGGGGGACUAUCCAAACGCCGGAACAGACGCCAAUGUGUUCGUUCUUCUACACAAUGGCAAGAAAAAACAAGACAGCGGUAAGGUCUGGCUAUCGGACAGGAAGUUUAAGCGUGGAAUGACAGAGAUAUUCAACAUAAAUUUGCAGUCGAUGUUAAGUCCGCUAACAAGCUUGGAGAUUGGGCAUGAUGACACAGGUGUGGCUGCAGGCUGGCACUGUGAACAGGUGAUAGUGUAUUGUCCAAACACAGGGAUAGAGCAGUUCUUCCCGUGCCGCAAAUGGCUGUCGACGUCUGAAGGUGAUGGGUUGAUACAAAGAACGCUGUACGAGGAUACAGGAAGAAGAAAGAAGAAGGACAAGAAGAUUACAUGGAACGUCUGGGUGAAGACAAGCGACAUCAACAACGCGGGAACCGAUGCCAAUGUCCGCAUCUGUCUCUAUGGAAAGAAGGGAAAGUCGGAGGAAAUCCAACUUGACAAUAAGGGGGAUGACUUUGAGAAGGGGCAGGUCGACCAUUUCAAGGCUCAUAUUGAGGAGAUUGGGACGCCAUACAAACUCCGCGUGUAUCAUGAUAACACCGGACGGGCAGCCGGCUGGCAUCUGGAUAGGAUUGACAUGGAGAUAGUGGGAGCGAAGGAGAAGUAUGCGUUUGAAUGUAACCGCUGGCUGGCAGAUGAUGAAGAUGACUUCUCGAUCGUACGAGAGCUUCCUGCACAGGGACCUGGCAUUAAAAACCCACUACCAUUGGAGAAAUACAAGGUCCAGGUGUUUACAGGAAGCAAGAGCAUGGCGGGAACAAACGCCAAUGUAUAUGUCAACAUAUUCGGGGAACGGGGAGAUACCGGUGUCAGGUUCCUAAAAAAGUCACAAAAUAUGGACAAAUUUGAAAAGGGAAAGAUGGAUGAAUUUGUGCUUGAGGCUGUAUCAGUUCUUAAGCUGACAAAGAUACGUAUCGGCCAUGAUGGGAAGGGAGUUGGUGCAGGCUGGUAUCUUGAUAAGGUCGUUGUUUCACAGAUAGGAGAGACAAAAUACGACCAGGAGUUUGUAUGUCAGAGAUGGCUAGCAGAGGAUAUGGAUGAUGGUUUAAUUGAGCGGGAAAUUACGGCAUCAGGAGCGCAGAUGUUAGCUACAACGUCCUACCAUGUGCACAUAAAGACAGGCGAUGUGUCCAGCGCAGGAACAGAUGCAAAUGUGUACCUUAUUGUCUACGGAGAAAAGGGGGACACGGGACAACUCAUGCUACGACAGUCAAACAAUCGCAACAAGUUUGAACGUGGGAAAACAGAUAUUUUUAAGCUUGAAGCAACCAACAUUGGAAAGAUCAAGCGAAUCAAGAUUGGUCAUGACGGUGCCAACCUGGGCGCCGGCUGGUUCCUUGAUGAGGUCAAGAUCAUGGUUCCCAGUCGCGGAGAGCAAUACUUGUUCGCAUGUCAUCGCUGGCUCGCGUCUGAUGAGCAUGACAGCCAGCUGGAAGUGGAGAUGUUUCCAGCUGAUGUUAGUGCCAUGGAGAAAACCAUUCCUUAUGAAGUCACAAUCUGGACUGGUGACAAGAAAAAUGCUGGAACCGAUGCCAACGUCUUCCUACAGUUGUACGGAACAGAUGGGAAAACUGAGGAGUGCAACUUGCGGAACAAGACAGACAACUUCGAACAGGGCAUGUGCGAUAAAUUCAAGAUUGAGAGGGCAGACAUUGGAAAAAUACAGAAGGUCAGGAUCGGGCAUGAUGGCAAGGGAAUGUUUGCUGGAUGGUUCUUAGAAAAGAUGUUGAUUCAGCGACGCCCUCGUAAAGGAACGAAGAAGUUCCAUCAACGUCCCCGAUCAGCCUCAUCUCGCGAUCGUGAUAAUGAUAGACGAGAUGACAGACGGUCGCCUAGAAUGAGUCGUGCCGAGUCACGCAUGGGCAAUCUCUCUGACUCCGAUGAUUCAGAUAUCAGCAGCGUGUCACAGUCACGAAGACUGCAGCGAAGAAUGAAGUCUCCGAAACAAAACCUCAGAACAGUUCGUGAGGAGGAGGAUGUUUACGAUGGAGAUGAAACAGAGGAUUAUUGGUUCUUAGUGAAUCGCUGGUUUGCACGCAGUGAAGAUGACAAACAGAUUGUGCGCGAACUUAUCCCGACUGACGAAAAUGGACGUCCUCUCAAAGGCGGUCUUGAAGAACUUGAAUACAAAGUGCGCGUUUUCACUGGCGAUGUUUCUGGGGCUGGAACAGACUCAAACGUGUUCCUUAGCCUCCAUGGCGACAAGGGCGAUACAGGUGAACGGGAACUCAAAGACUCCUCAACAAACAUGAACAAAUUUGAAAGAAAUCAGGAGGAUGUCUUUAUAGUGAAGGCAAUAGAACUUGGCAAGCUUGUGAAACUGAAGAUUCGUCAUGACAACAAGAAUAUGGGGAGCGCCUGGUUCCUUGACCGUGUCGAAGUUGAUGAUCCAAAAAUGAACAAAACGUACUUCUUCCCUUGCCAACGUUGGUUAUCCACGAAGGAAGAUGACGGGCAGAUCAGUCGAGAGCUCGUUCCCGUUGACGCGAGUCUAAAGAGUAAACUGACAAGACAGGACUCGAAGGCCAUCAGGAAUGAAAUUGCGUUGGAAACUAAAGCUGCGAUGCAGACGUACCAUGUUAAAGUAACAACAGGUACUGUCUGGGGUGCGGGCACAGAUGCCAAUGUGCACAUCAUCUUGUACGGGGAAAAAGAUGAUACAGGCACGGUUCUACUCAAGUCUUCAAAGACACACUCCAACAAAUUUGAGGGGGGAAAUAUGGAUGAGUUCUUGGUGGAAGCUGUCAACAUUGGUGAACUUAAGAAAAUCAAGAUCGGCCAUGACAACAAGGGCGGCGGCGCGGCCUGGUUUCUGGACAAGGUCGUCAUUGAGUGUCCGUCCCUCGGUCGUAACUGGACGUUUCUGGCCAACCGCUGGCUCGCAAAAGAUAAGGAGGAUAACCAACUAGAGGUGGAGCUUUAUCCACAGGACCUCGCUACAGAGGAAUACAUGAAGUGUAUCCCAUACGAGGUUCGAACACUCACAUCCGACCUGUCAUCAGCUGGGACGUCAGCCAACGUGUAUAUACAGCUGUAUGGACGUGAUAUAGCCACGCAGCAGAAGGAUCUCUGUGUUAGCAAGCUUGACAGGAAGGACAAGUUCAAGCGAGGGCAGGAAGAUGUCUUCAUUGUGGAGCUGGAAGACGUUGGUGAAAAGAUUGAGAAGAUCCGUAUUGGACACGACAAUUCUGGUAUUGGUUCUGGCUGGCAUCUUAACAUGGUUAAAAUCAGGCGACUUCACGAAUCUGGCAAGGGUAAUCGAAAAGUCCAGGGGUCAAUCACAUACAUCUUCCCGUGCAAUCGAUGGCUUGCACGUGAUGAAGAUGACUUUGCUACCGAGCGUGAGCUUGUGGCGGAAAAAGCCGUUCAGGAGGUCAUGAAAAAUGGAGAAGUUCAGAGCAAAGAACUCAAGCUACGAGAUAAACUGGAGAAAAAGAUCUACACAGUGAAUGUAAAGACUGGGGACAAAUCUGGGUGUGGCACCAACGCCAAUGUUUUCAUGACGAUAUUCGGCGACAAAGGCGAUACUGGUGAAAGAAAGCUUGCGAAGUCUGAGACACAUAUGGACAAGUUUGAGAGGAAUCAGAUGGAUGUGAUCAAGCUAGAAGCUGCCAACCUCGGAAAUAUUUACAAGAUUCGAAUCAGACAUGACAACUCCGGUUUCAGCCCGGCAUGGUACCUCGACAAUAUUGAGAUUAUAGAUGGGUCCGAUAACCAGCGAUACGUGUUCCAUUGUGAGAGAUGGCUCGCGAAAAAUAAGGAUGAUAUGAAGAUAGAAAGAUCUUUCUAUGUCAAGGGCUACGAUGGUGAAAUGUCCAGCACAGGAACGUUACGCUCCACAAAGUAUGGCUCUGUUGCGAGCCUCAACUCUAUUGGAUCAGAUCCAUUUUCCAAGAGUCCUGUACUCACCCGCAAACAGCUUGCAAUGGAGGAAAUACCUGAGGGACCAACCAUCCCAUACACAGUAAGAGUAACAACCGGGGAGGGAGAAGACAAUGGCACCUCCAGUAAUGUAUGGAUCAAAGUUAUGGGGCCACGAAAAAAACACACUGGCCAGCUAUUUCUCGAGCUGGCUCAGAAGAACAAGUUUGCUGCAGGAUCAACUGAAAUAUUCUCUAUAGAGGCUGUGGAUGUAGAUGAAGUUAGGAAAAUUGAGGUUGGUCAUGACGGCACUGCCCCUGGGACUGGCUGGUUCAUUAAGGAGAUUGAAGUUGACAUGCCGACAAAGGGCAAACACUACACAUUUACCUGCAAACAGUGGCUGGCACGAGACAAAGGAGAUGGUAGAACCAGUCGCAUCUUCAGUGUCGAGGAUGGCAUCAGCUCUGUGUCAUCUUAUAAACCAUUGAUCGCAUACGAGGUUACAGUAAUAACAGGGGACGUUGAGGAAGCAGGAACCGACCAGAAGAUCACCAUGACAGUGUUUGGGGCCAAAGGGCCGACUACCCCACAGGUGCUUGAGAAAUCUGGUGAAAGAUUUGAGCGUGACCGAGCUGACCUAAUCAAGCUUGAGCUCGAAGACGUGGCUCCCAUCAAAAAGAUGCGCAUAGAGACAGACGGCAAUGGCAGUCGACCAGACUGGUACUGUGAAAAGGUUGAGCUUCGCAACAUGGCCUCCGGUCAGCUGUCUGUUUUUGAUGUCCGUUCCUGGUUCAGCAAGAAGAAAGGGGAGUUAAGCAAGGACAUCCCUGCCAAGGAGAGGGGAAAACUCGCUGUAGAAAAAACCAACUACAAAAUCAGCGUAAAGACAUCAAACAUCAAAGGUGCAGGUACUGAUGCCAACGUUUACGUUACGUUAUUCGGUGACAAUGGAGAUUCGGGUCCAAUUCACCUGAAGAAAUCUGACACGAACAAAGAUCCUUUUGAGAAUGAUCAAAUUGAUGUCUUCACGAUCAACGGUAUUCUCAGUCUUGGCGAGCUGUCCAAGUGCCGGGUCUGGCAUGAUAACAAGGGUCUUGUAGGUGGGUUUGGAGCGGCCUGGCACCUCGAGCACAUUGAAGUUGAGGACCUGGGCCUGCGGAAAUCUUACAAGUUCCACUGUGAUAAGUGGCUGUCUAAAUCUGAUGGAGAUAAGCAGAUACUGCGAGAACUCACUUGCAGCACCCCUGCACGUGGAGCGGGGUCAUUCGACUCUAAGGAUAAAUCAACAUAUGAGAUAGAGGUGAAAACAUCAGACAAGAAGGAAGGGGGGACAAUCCAUAAUGGAUGGAUAAUUCUGGAGGGUGAUAAGAAAACAUCCAAAGUCUUCAAGCUGGAAAAUAGUGCUGCCAACAAAAUACUACGCAAGGGAAAUGUUGACAACUUCUCCUUCACAUCCCCGCCACUUGGAGUGCUGGAGGCAUGCAUUGUCGGGGCGUAUGAAAGGGAGGAUCGUCCUCUCAGCGACGUACAAGGGCGGGAAGCACAAUGGCACUGCUUUGAAAUCUCCGUCACUGAUGUUGUUAAGGGCAAGAAGUACAUUUUCCCGUGCAAAGACUGGAUCACUAUCCAGGAGCGGGUUGUCAAGCGGGAGGGAAAGGUUCUGCAGGUGAAAAAGGUGGAAGAGAGCCAGACUGCUGUGGUCAGAUCUCUUGCCACCGUCAAUUAUGAGGUCGUAGUUUACACGGGGGAUAAAUUUGGUGCGGGGACCAAUGCAAAUGUCCAUAUAGUUUUAUAUGGAGAACAUGGUGACACGGGAAAACGUGCGCUCACACAAUCAAUGAGAGACUUGUUUGAAAGAAAACAGGUUGAUAAAUUCAACUUGGAGGCUGUGGAUCUAGGUCAGUUACAGAAGCUCCAUGUUGAGCAUGAUAACAGCGGCUGGCGCCCAAAGUGGUACCUGGACCGUAUUGAGGUGAUCAACAGUGCUAACAAUACAACAACCGUCUUCCCGUGCGAGAAAUGGCUGGAUAAGGACAGCGGUGAUGGUCAAAUCGAACGCGAUCUUUUCCCACGAGAUUAAUUUGUUCUAUCUUUCACAAAUUGAGCGGGAUAUUUUCCCAUUGGAUCAGAAUUGUUUUAAAUAUAAAUUUAGCCGGAUAUUUUCAAAUUCGAAUUAAAGGAUUCUUUUAACCACAAAUUGAGUGGGGGACAAUUUCCCAUUGUGAUUAAAGGUUUGUUUAACCACAAAUCGAGCGUUAUCUUUUCCAAUGGGAUUGGAGGAUUGUUUUAACCACAAACUAAAUGUGAUAUUUUCUUAUGGGAUUAAAAGAUUGUUUUAAUCACAACUUGAGGGUUGGACAUUUUCCCAUUGGGAUUAAAGGAUUUUUUAACCACAAACUGAACGUUAUCUUUUCCCAUCAAGUUGAGGGAUUGUUUUAACCACAUACUAAAUGUGAUAUUUUCUUAUGGGAUUAAAAGAUUGUUUUAUCAACACAUUGUACAUGAUCAUUUCCAUGAAUUUAAAGGAUUACAAUACCAAACAAAAUGAAACGGGAAAAUUUCCCAUGUAAAAUUUAUAUCACCAUUUCAUCUCAGGAACUACGAUAUCUGAUUCAGAAAACAUUUCUAUCAGUGAGUUUCCGUAUGUAAAAAUAUGGUUUUGGUCUGGCUUUUGUCCAAUGUAUGUCAAAAUAAACAAUGUGUUGCUAGCACUGAGAGUUUAUGAAUUUCAGAGAGGGUCAUUAUUUUAAUGUUAUGUGGAAUUGUAUAAAACAAACGAUUAUAAUGAAGUUUUUUUUGUUAGGGUAAAUGGGAUAAACCUGUUCCCUUUAAGUAUCCCUCUCACCUUUCGAUGAUUGAAGGACAAAUUUCAAGAACUGAAAAAGAAUAGCGUGGGAUUGAAAUAUUUGCUGAUUACUCUUGAUAUUAAUGAUUUGAUUAUGUGAAAGUUUUAAGGAGUUUAUAUGAAAUGGAAAAUUUAAAGAUGAUGAAACAUUACAUAAUAGUUUAUAUUGUUAUUAUGUAUGUUGAUAGAAUGGAGAACUAGUCAAACUGUGUAGUUGUGCCAAUGCGUAUUGUUCACCUUUGCAGUUUUUGUACAAACCAUUAUGUUAUUUAAGUUCAAGCUUUCUGUAACUGUGGUUAAACAGAAGAUAUUUAACAAAAAGGAAUUAUCUAAUGGUUUUUAGAAUGCAUAUAUGUAAGCAAGAUAUUUUUAUUUUUUCUAUGUAAAAAUAUGUUUUUAUUUAAUAGUUUUUAUUUUAACACAAUUACUGUAACGGAAUAUAUAUUGAUGUAAGUCUUAUGUCUUGGUCUUCUAUAAUGACUUAUGAGUUGAAACAAAAAAUCAAUGUCUCAUAUUUAAGAAAUAUGUAGAUAAAUGUCUGAUUUUAGAAAUAAUUUCGUACAUAGAAUAAAAUCAGUUUUGACUGCAUUUAUGCUGUACGGGUAUUAAACAUUCCGUUUAAAUUCUUUGCAGAUUUCUCAAAUGCAAAUCAGAUAUUACCAAGUCCAUCAUCAUUAUACAAUAUCCAUACUUAAAGAACAAAUGCUCAAUUUUGUAUUGCCUUUCAAUUUAACGAGAACAAGAAGUUUACAUUGACUGCUUUUAUUAUAACCAAUUAUGAGUUGAAAACCAGAAUGCACUGUGAUUUAAUUGCAACCAUUUGCGAAGAAUAUUCAUGGAAUUACAUUUAAAAUAAUUUCUUUAGUUUAUCUGCAAACUAUUCACUGUAUAUUGUGUCGCAUUUUUUAACAAUUUCUGUCUGUGAUAUACCAGCAAUGUUGGUAACAUUAAUAACUUACAUUUUCAUGCACAUUUAUGUAAAUAAUAUUGUUUCUUGAUUUUAUUUUUAGGUCUCAUACAUUUGCUAUAAAUGAAUACUCCGUGUUUAACUUAUAUACAUAUAUUUUAAACUAUUUAUUAAACAUAACUUUUUGCUAGUUUUUAUUGUGAUUUGUCUCUUCACUACAAUGUAAAAGUUAGGUCAGGCAACUUUAAAUACAUAGAUUUUAAUAAUUUUCAUUUUAACUGAGUGGUUUCGAGGUUUGAGUGAUGAAAAGAAAAAAGUCCUAAAUCAUGAUGUAAAAUAAAAUACGAUUGAAAAAAAUUGCAAAUAAAAUACACAGUCAUGUAUUGUGAUUUGAAUUACUUUACGGUGUACUUUUUUAUAUUGUACUUAGAGACAGUUAUUUGAUACUCGCUAAUUAUUAUAUAUUAUGUCGCUAUUACUGUAUAUUAACUAACCUGUUGAUUUGUGUAUAUGAACUUCUGUUUGGUGAAAAUAUUUCAUGUGAUAAAAGCUUCUAUCAAAACCAGUGAAAGAUAUUGUCAUUUGCAGCUAAAUAAUAUUUAUUCAUCAUUAUCUGUAUCCGUCCCAAGUUUAGAAUUGUACUGUGUUACGUAUUAAACAUUUACAUACAAUUUAUUCUAAGUUUAUCCUUGCGAUAUUUUAUUAUGCCUUUUUAACAGCUUGUAUUUUACUGAUGUUUGAAUAAUGGAAGCACCCAUAUUUACAUGCACUACUGGAAUUAUGUUGCAUAUAUGUAAUUAAAUGUUGAAUUAUACUUCCAGCUUGAGUGCGCUGAAUUGUUUGAUUACUUAAAUUGUUACAUGCAAAUGUAUUAUCAGUUGUCAUAUUUUUUUUACUAUUUUCAGCCUUAUUUAUUCGGAUAUGGUGAAAAUUUUGUUGAUAUAGAUUUAUAUAAAUUUUUAUGUUUUUCCUGUGAUGUACUUACCAUGAUGUCUCAUGUGUACUAUGUUUAGAUACAGUAAAUAUUGUUACAGAAACUCUUUUAGGAAAUAAAUUAUUCUCAAAAUGCU